AUGACUAUUGAAGAGAACUUCCGCAUUGGUUUCGUCAACAAUUUCAACUGCUCGGCCUGUCAUGUGAGGCGUGAGGACCACCACAACGGCUUCACGGGUUGUGAGAUGGUUUACGUUGAGACUUGGAAAUGUUUAGAGUUGUGUCAUUUCUAUGCCUGUCUGAAGUUGAAGCUCUCUAGCUGCUUCUGCUGCCGCAAUUGGCUCGCUGUGUCUGACCUGUGCUCCAUGGUGACCACGAUAUGGCUAAGCAUCUGCGUGAACCCGCUGUUCUACCUCUCUGAACUGCCCUUUGAACCCAGGGAUAUCAUGCACCUCACGGGAGCCAUGCCCCGUUACCUCUUUGUCAAAAUCGCGACUUUUAUCACCGCCUUUAUCACCUUCGAGCGAUGUCUGUGUAUCGCUGCCCCUCUGAAGGUGAAAAUGAUCAUCACACCUGCAAGGACAAAGGUAAUCAUUGUCUCCAUCUACAUCACCAUGUCGAUUUUGCUUAUUCCCUUCUGCCUUGGAAGCAGACUUGAGUGGGUUUUCGAUUUCACCGUGAAUGCCACUGUAUUAAAAACUACGUACACGGCCGAGAGAGAACUGCUGGAAGCCAUUACGUAUCUCACCCAAGGCGUAUUUACUACAACGCUUUCUUUCGUCUUCGUCAUCUGCUGUACCAUCGUGCUUAUCGUCAAACUCAAUAGUAAAACAAAAUGGCGGCAGGCCACUGUUGCCAAGGGUGACCGUGCAGCGGAAGGAGUUGGGGUCAAGGAUCAAAAGGUUGUCAAAAUGGUGACCUUCAUUGCCGUCAUUUUUAUUGUCUGUUCCGUACCUCCGACGCUCCUGUUUUUCUAUAUGCUGUUUGACACAAAUUUCCGUAUUGAUGGUGCCUAUCCCAAUCUCUAUUCUACAAUAUGGUGUUUAUCAUUCCUAACAGAAACUGUCAACUCCAGCGUGAACAUAUUUGUGUAUCUGAAAAUGAGUUCGAAAUACCGAGCUGUGUUUAUGAAAACCCUUUUGAACAAGGAGGAAAAAUAACUGUUCACCUUUAGAGAAAAUGUCUUUUUAAUAAUGAACAAAGAAAUAACAAUACAUAGUUUUAAGAUAAGAUAAUCUAUAUGCUUAUUGUUCUGAUGCUAGCACACAUAUGGAUGUAUGUGUGCAUGUAUUUAUGUAUGUGUAUGUAU